AUGGCCAGCUCAGCCCCCACGUCCACGGGCCUCGAGAGUCCGGAGGCGCUCGCGCGUCUGAACGCCGCCAUCAUGGGCGAGCGCAACCCUCGUGGUAUCCCGUCUGCUGUCUUCGUGGAUUCUGUGGACACCUUCAUGGAUGCAUGCGGCGUCAAAAACAUCGAGCCGCUCGUCGGGGCGCUGCAACAGAUGUACAGCAAGUACAAAUUCAUGGAGACGAGUCUCCAGAAGAACCGCGAGACGUUUAAGCGCAAGAUCCCGGAUACCCAGAAGGACUUGAACAUGGUGCGCCACCUUAUCGCCAAGCGGGACGAGGGCGAGACGCUGCAGACGCAGUUCAAUCUGUCCGACAAUGUGUACGCUAAGGCCUCAGUGGACUGCAGUGUGGGCAAGGUCUGCAUCUGGCUGGGAGCCCAGAUCAUGGUCGAGUAUCCCAUAGAUAUCAACCUGGUGCAAGACCCGGAUGACGAUAGAGAGUACAAGGCGAUGGAGUCAGAUUGUGAUAACGAUGAUGGUGCUUCAUGUGGCGACGAGAGUGAGCCGGAGGGAGAGACGGAUGACAUUACCGAAAAAGUCCACGUCGAGGAUGAAGAAGAAGCUGAUGAUACUCUGUUCAACGCAUCUUUGAUCGACUCAGUUGGGGAGGGGGGAAGGGGGGUUAUCGAGUAUUGCGAGCGGCACGAUAAGGGCCGAUAUCCUGCAGGAUAUGUCAAUUUCUGGGUGGGCUAA